AUGUCUGGCAUCGUGAAAGACACACCUGUGGACGCUAUUCCGAAGGUCAUUGAUGACCUUCGUGCUAGCUUCCUCACCGGUAAGACGCGCAGUGUCGAAUACCGCCAGAAGCAGCUGAAGCAACUCUACUUCCUCGUGAAGGACAAUGAGGAGGCCUUGGUGAAGGCCAUCCAGAAGGAUCUGGGUCGCCCGCCGAUGGAAACUGAUUUUGGUGAGAUCAUUACGAUCAAGAACGACAUUAUCGAGUGCGUGAACAACGUCGCCAAGUGGUCGAAGACGACGAACGUGUCGGGCGGCCUGCCUUUCCUGCUGCACAAGACGCAGGUGCGCAAGGAUCCCAAGGGCACCGUGCUCGUUCUCGGCGCCUGGAACUAUCCCAUCGCGGUACAGAUUGGCCCGGUGGUCGCGGCGAUUGCCGCGGGCAACACGGUGGUGCUCAAGCCGUCCGAGCUUUCUGCGCACUCUGCGCAGCUCAUUGCCGACCUGUGGCCCAAGUACAUGGACCCCGAGCUGACGCGCAUCGUGAACGGUGGUAUUGAGCAGUCGACUGCGCUGCUUGACCAGCGCUUCGAGCACAUCUUCUACACAGGCAACGGCCGCGUGGGUCGCAUUGUUGCCGAGAAGGCCGCUAAGUGGCUCUGCCCCGUCUCACUCGAGCUUGGUGGCAAGUCGCCCGUGAUUAUCGACAAGACCGCGAACCUGAAGAUCGCCGCACACCGCAUCCUGUGGGCGAAGGCGUAUAACACGGGUCAGACAUGCAUUGCUCCGGACUAUAUUCUCGUGGAGCACUCGGUCCAGGACAAGUUUGUCGCCGAGCUGCAGAAGGCGGCGAAGGAGUACUGGAAGUCGAUGGACAAGAACGUGCGCGACUUGGGCCGCAUUAUCAAUGAGCGCCACUUUAAGCGCAUUGCGGACCUCAUCACCCAGUCGAAGGGCGAGGUGGUCUUUGGCGGCCUCGCCGAGGCCGACGAGGCGACCAGGUUCCUCCCGCUCACGAUCCUCAAGGAUGUGCGUCCGGAUGACUCGACGAUGAGCGACGAGAUCUUUGGCCCGGUCCUGCCCAUCCUCCCGGUCGACGAUGUGCACGCUGCGGUCCGCUUCGUGAACGCGCACGACCAGCCCCUGGCUCUCUACAUGUUCACCUCGUCGAAUGCGACGAGCGAGUAUAUUCUAAAGUACACGCGCAGCGGUGGCGCGAUGCGUGGCGACAUGCUUCUGCACUUUGUCAUCAACGAUCUGCCGUUCGGCGGCACGGGCCCGUCGGGCUACGGCUCCUACCACGGCAAGACCGGCUUUGACUGCUUCACCCACGAGCGUGCGUUUGUCGACGCCCCGGCCUCGGGUGUACUCGGCCAUGUCGUCGAAAAGAUCAUGGCUCUGCGCUACCCGCCGUACAGCCAGGCCAAGGCGAACUUCUUCCGCCUGGUCCUGUCGUACCCGGCGUUCUUUGGCCGCCCCAAGAACCCGACGGUGUCGACCACCUCGGCGAACCGCCCGAUCAAGUCGCUGAAGCCGCUUGCGAUUCUGAUCGUGAUCCUUGCGGUCAUCCUCAAGUUCAACCGCGCAUAG